AAUCUUCCCCCGUAUACUACUCGAUAAUGUGCGUCAUCUCCCUCUGCCAUGCAGUAGCUCAACUCAACAACGUGUUCCGGUGCACUGUCGGGAACCGGCCUACUCAACACAUGUCAAUCAGCUCCGUUCAUUGUAGUUCGUGUAACCACACGCACGACUAAAUUAAUCGACAUGUUCGUUGCAAGACGGAGCCGGUUGACAAUAUGUGUUUCAGGAAUCAAAAUUCGUGCAAGUACACACCCACCCUAUCAUUAUGAGUAUCUCAGAGAUUGGGUCGGUACAUCAUUUUGAGAUCGACAAAGUUACCACAUACGUCUCCAUAGUCCACGGAAGCGCCUCCUCCCACUGAACGGUCAUCUUUAAAAAGGCUGACAUAAAUCAAGAAAAAUGCGAAGUAAGCUCAAUUCGCCACGCCGUUAUUGAUUCGUUGAUUUUUGACCUUUUCUAUUCAUGAUCAUCCACCUUGUUCUUCAUACCGUACACGUUUGUGCCCUAUCAAAGGGCAUCAGUCACAACUCGUAAAUCCAAAGGUAUCAGAAUAUGCCACCGCCUAAUCUCUAUACAAAGGUUUAGGAAAAUAACAAAAAAUAUGCCAGUUUUAGAAGAGAAAAAAUAGUAUAGCAAUCUUCAGGAAAAAGUCAAACCAGAACAUAUACACACGAUCCCCUCCAGCUGGCCACAUUUUGGACGAAACAGAGCACACAAAGCCCUCCUCCUCCCUUCGUCUCCGUUGCUCCGUCUCAUUCCCAAGCUCCAUACUCCACCACGAGCUAGCUGGUACUGCUGUCCUGUCAGGGAGGCCGACCGGCCAAGAAGAUCGAGGCAUGGCCGAGGCAGUCCGGGACGAUCAUCGCGGCGCGGUCGGCGUCGCCGUGGACGACGGCACCGGCCUGCGCCCGAGCACCAACGGCGACAGCACGUGGGAGAUAGAGGAGCUGGAGCCGGACGACCGGACGGCCGGACCGCCUCCUCCCCCUCCUCCCGGGGCAGCGGCCACCUCCGACGCCGACGACGUCUACGUGGCGGUGGGCAAGGGCGGGUCCAGCAUGGCGGCGCUGUCGUGGGCGCUGCGGCAGCUCGCGAAGCCACGGAGCUUCGUCUACCUCGUGCACGUCUUCCCCGUCGUCGCCACCAUCCCCACCCCAUUAGGAAUGAUGCCUAAGAGACAAGCAACCCCAGAGCAAGUAGAAACUUACAUGAACCAAGAGAGAUCCAAGAGGCGAGAGAUGCUGCAAAAAUUUCUGGACCACUGUCGAAACUUUCAGGUUAACGUCGAUGUGUACCUCAUCGAGAGUGAUCAAAUCGCCGAUGCGGUCGCUGAACUUAUCCCUGUUCUGAAUAUAAAGCAGCUAGUACUUGGGGUUGCAAAAUCCAACUUGCGGAAGUUGAAGAAAGGGAACACAAUAGCAGGACAGAUACAGAAGAAUGCAGCUCUCUACUGCGAAGUCAAGAUUGUCUGUGAUGACAAAGAAGUUACAGCGGCGACGACUGCUGACCCGACGCCACCAUUUUCACCUUCCCCUGUAAAUAACAACAACAGAUCUCGCACCCCGACACCGCCAUCAUCUACGCCAAAUCGCGAUAGCACAGAGGCGGUUGAUGGCAAAAAUGAUAGCAAAACCAAAGAAAGAAGGAAAAUUCCCAAGUUUCUCAGGUGCCUGUCAUCCUGAUUGCUGUUUCAGUCACUUUCACAGCUGGAAUGCUGUAUGCGCCAUCUUCAGGUAGAAAAAAGGUUGUGAUUAAAAGUUUUGCCAUAUUUUGAAUUUUUAAACUUCUCGAUCCAUGGUGUACAAAUGAGAUAAUUUA